AGCUGUUUGCGAUUGAAAUGGUCUCAGGUCUUUCAAUUAUUUAGAACCCACCACUAAUGUUGCACUGAUUUGCUCUAUAGAUUUGGAUACAUGCUGUAGACGUUGCUCAGCCUGUCAAAUGCAGGUAUUCAUGUGGAAAAACACACCCGCCACUUGGAUACAGUUAUUCUGAGGUUAUUACAUCUGUGCCUCGUUACGCAGGGAGUUUUCUCUUUUUUAAUUUGCUGUGUGACUCCAGAAAGACGUUUAUUGAUCGAUAGAGACAAGCCCAGUAACAGAGAAAGGAUAUUAACCAGUCACAAGUCACAUCUGCUUGACGUUAAAGGGUCCCCGACCGUCUCCAAACGCGCAAAGGAACGCAGAUCAAUCCUAUUGGCCGGAAAUAUGAAUCAUCUAGUGGGGGACUGACGAACGAGAUCACGACUGGGGGUCUAUAUAAACUCCAAUGGUGUAGACCACUCAAUCAGAUAGCUACGAGGCAUCAUAGAUCAUAACACACGUUUGGGUAAAGUGCGCGUAAUGGAGAGGUCCGUCAAAUCCGUGCUGGUGUUCGUGGCUGUUUCCAUCCUCAUCUCCUGCCAACCUACAGACGCCUGGUACAAGCAGUCGACCGGUCCGAGCUAUUAUUCCGUAGGCAGAGCCUCGGGGUUGCUGUCCGGGAUCCGGAGGUCUCCGUAUGUGCGAAGAUCCGAGACAGAAUCAGCGCUGGACAGCAGCGAGACCCCCGGCGUCUCCAACAGCGCGAUAUCCGACUUUACCAGCAGACAAUCUCCAGUCCUUAAAAACAUGGCCAUUUGCGUAAAGGACAUUUCUCCCAACCUGCAGAGCUGCGAGUUGGUUCAGGACGGUUCGAGCACGUUUCGGUGCAAGGCAGAUGUGUUCCUCUCCCUCGAUUCUCUGGACUGCUUCAGUUCAUGAACAGAACGCAUCUCUGU